AUCCUGGCCUGUACUGAGGUACACUUACACAGAGUUAUAAUGUUCAUUUGAACCAUGUUUAGUGUAUGCUAUUUGUUGUCAUCUUGACACAUUGUCAAACUGUAACCAAAAAGUUUGUAGAUCACGGUUGCUAUCGCAGCAGGUUCACUCGAGGGCUGGUACAGGAAAGUGGUCUAGCUGUUGUUGGGACACGUGACUGAGAAAAGACUGCGGCGAUCUGUUUUGACACGGGACAUUUCUAGAGAGAGGGGAAGAGAGCACACAAAACGAGUUUAUGGAUAAGAAAGAGCACACAAUAUAAUUUAGUUGCGAACGGUAUGCGCCUGUACUGUGUUAUUGAGUUGGACGAAGUUCGCUAGCCAGCGAACCGUUGAUUUGGAAGAAGGAAAAAAGCUCGCUAGCCACUGCGACAAGUUGGGAAAUAAAUGGUCAGCUUGUUUUCUGACAAACUUUUGAUAUGAGAGAAAGCUAGUCAACAAUAACUAGGUAACUGACACGAGACGUGGCUACUUUACCUCACUAUGUUUCAAGACGACAAGUGGAACCGAUGCUUCUGGACAACACGGCGUUUAGCUAACGUUGGCUGUUUUUCUGAAUGAUCGGGUGAAAUAGGUCUGUCCUUUACUCGAGCCCAUUGUUAUCGGAGGUGGAUCACUAGCUACCUGCGCGUUGGGGUGUUUUGUUUGAGAAGGUCGUCAUCAGAUCAGAUGCCUGUGUGUUGUUUGUUUGGUCAGCUAGCUAAAGCCACGUUAGCUAAGCCAAAUAGGUGAGGUUACAGGAGCACAGCAAGCUGAAAAAGAGAGAGAUGCUUCGUGACGGGACUACUGUCGUGGUUUUGGUGGUGGAAUUUGAGACGUUUAUUUUUGGGGGGUGGACAGCCAGAUUGUCAGCUCAAUGCCUUGUUGGCUAGCUAGGUGGUUGAUGAAGCAAUAACUCGGAGCUAAUCUAAUGUUUGACGGUCAGAUUUAGCUAGCUAGCUCAACUGUUCGUUGGCCAGUUAACAGUGGAUCUGACUCGAUGGACCUGUACAGUAGCAGUUUGGUAACAAAGCAUUGCUUUGUCGGGUAAAUUAGGGGGCGAUUGGCAGCAUACAGGCUACCCAGCUGGUAUUGUUGCUUAAUGCAAUAAGUCAGCAAUCCUUUGGAAGAUUUGGAUCCACACAGUCAGACACACAGCAGUAUAUUGCUGUCAGGGCUGUGUGGACGGGAGUCUUCAGACCGAAGACAGACAGACAGACAGAGGCUGCCGAGGCUGCCAGAUUCCCAGAGGGAUCCAGAUGACACUGGCUAACAUGAAACCAGAGCGAGAUGUGGUGGUGGAGGAGUUCUUUGAGUACGAUGCUGAGGACUUCCUGGUGUUCCUGACCCUGUUGAUCACUGAGGGACGGACCCCAGAAUGUUCUGUGAAGGGUCGCACCGAGGGGCUGCACUGCCCCCCUGCAAAGUCCGCCCUGCCGCCCCUACACAGGCACGAGUGUAGCGACAAACUCCCACAGUGUGUGCAGGCGCGGCGUGUGCGCUCGGAGGUGUGUGUGUUGUGGAGGAACAGUAUUCCCAUCAUGGUGGAGGUGAUGCUGCUGCCAGACUGUUGCUAUGGAGACGAGAGUCCCCCAAGUGACCCCAUCAGUGACCCAGCAAUCAAACAAGACGCUCUGCUACUGGAGCGAUGGACUCUGCAGCCUGUACCACGACAGAGCGGUGAUAGGUUUAUAGAGGAGAAGACUCUGCUGUUGGCUGUUCGUUCCUACGUCUUCUUCUCCCAGCUCAGUGCCUGGCUCAGUGCUUCUCACGGCAUUGUACCCCGAAACAUCCUGUAUAGGAUCAGUGCAGCAGAUGAGGAGUGUGUCUGUCAGUUCUCCCAGCCCCCAGCGGAGCACCUGUUCCCUGUCCCUAACGUGUCCCAGAGUGUUGCCCUGAGGCUCAGGGUCCAGUCACUCCCCCGUCAGCCCACCUACCCCACCCUGGCCUGUAGCAUACACACCGGCCUGACCCUUGCCCCACUCUACAGCAAGACCCCCAGCCUUAAGCCCAACCUCAGCCCUAACCUCUACAGCAAGACACCUAGCCUUAACCCAGGCCUGAACCCUAACCCGCCUCUGUACGAGAGGAACCACAACUCUAAAGAGAGUCACAACAGAGUGGCUCUGCCUUUCUCUGGCCUCCCUUUCCCCAGUCCUCCCAGUCUCCCCCUGCCCAGUAAGAGAGGCCCGGACCCCACAGACAGCCAUGGUCAUUCCAGCCAGAAUGGAUCAGACCUCCCCCGGGUCAAUAAGGGGCAGACAUCAUCCCCCUACCACCUCCCCCUCUCCCCCCGGCCCUCCCCCCGCCCCCACAGGAAGCUGUCCUCUACCCUGCCCCUCCCCCCCGCGGGGGAAAGACUGUCAGGUGGCUCUAUGCCCUCACCUCAGACCCCUCCGAUGACAUCACACACACCACCGAGGAUUAUGGGAAGGCCGUCAACGGGGCCGAGAGCUCCAAGGGGCGUGGCUCCGAAGCCCUCCGGGCCUUUAAGACUUAUUCUUUGGCAGAGCCCCCCGCGGUGCCCCUCCCCCAGACCCUCCUCUGAGACCAAUCCUCUGAUUGGCUCGCUGCUCCAGGAGAGACAGGAAGUCAUCGCCCGCAUCGCUCAGCGCCUCAACUUCUGCGACCCGACCGCCCCCCAUCUCCCCCCUGCCCUCUUCACCCCCGACACCCACACCAAGACUCCUGUCCGUGGCAGUUACCUUGACAACACCACGCUCAGCAAGACCAAAGAGCCAGAGGGAGCUCCGCCUACUGAGGACACCCCGCCCUCCCCUUUCGACACGCCCAUUGGCGAUGCAGCGGCUAUUAUCAGGGAGACGCUGUCCCCAAAACCUGUUGCCUGCCGCAGACUGAGACUCCCAGAGGACAGAGAUGGAGAGACACUGAGAGACAGAGACAGAGUCAGGGAGACACUGAGAGACCUGGAGACACAGAGAGACAGACAGGCAUUGAGAGACCGACAGCGAGAGAGAGACAGUAGUCUCUUGUCCCAUGCUGUUCAGGACAUUACCAGACUGAUUCAGGACAGACUGUCUGUCCCCUCUCUGUCCCCAACACACAGCCGCAGCAGCAGCCCGCUACACAAACCACAUACACACAGCACACACAAGCUCUGCACCGACACACACACCACACACAGAGGCGGCUACAGUCAUAGCAGUGGCCACUGCAACGGCUACACACCCAGCCAUGACACACACACUCUCUCACAUACACCUGCUUGCACAGACAGAGCUGGUACUCCUCCAGAGACAGACGGUCCAACCAGAGCCCAAAACGGCUGUUCAACACUUGAAGACACUCAGGUCAGCCCCCGACUCCAAAUCCUGCCCCAGUCUUCUCCUCUAGUCAUCCCACGGCCUCUACCCCAGCCCCAGUCUUCUCCUCUAGUCAUCCCACGGCCUCUACCCCAGUCCCAGUCUUCUCCUCUAGUCAUCCCACGGCCUCUACCCCAGUCCCAGUCUUCUCCUCUAGUCAUCCCACGGCCUCUACCCCAGCCCCAGUCUUCUCCUCUAGUCAUCCCACGGCCUCUACCCCAGUCCCAGUCUUCUCCUCUAGUCAUCCCACGGCCUCCACCCCAGCCCCAGUCUUCUCCUCUAGUCAUCCCACGGCCUCUACCCCAGUCCCAGACUCGGGCCUCUCCACUACUCAGCCCCAAGAGUCCCAGGGCCAAGACCUCAAAGAGUUUACACCCCACCUGCCCCCAAGAGGAGCCCAGACCCUCCUCACCUAAAGACAACAUCCUGAGGACCAUCCAGACCCUAACAGUGACCCAGACCACCACCCUGACCCAGACCACUGCACAGACCUUGACCACCAAGCUCACCCACACCCAGACCACUGCUCUCAUCCAGAACCACAUGAAACCUCUGACUCAGUCUCCCAACCAGACCCAGACAGAGUCUCGAACUCCGUCCUCACGGACUCAGGGCAGCCCUCGAACCCAGCCCUCUAGUCUCCAGGAUGAGAACCAGGCCCCCCAGGCUCCAAGUCCUGCAGCCCCCCCAGUCCUGCUACCACCCCCUGGCACAGAGCCCAACACUGUCCUGCGUUCUCCCUCGCCCCUGAGAGCGUGUAACAGCUGGAGGAAACACAACCGUCACUCUCUGGACUCCACCCUCACCAAGGCCUUCCACCCCUGUACCGGCCUGCCCCUGCUCUCCAGCCCUGUUCCUCAGAGGAGAACUCAGACGGGUUACUUUGACCUGGACUCUUCUCUGACCAGCUGUAAAGGACUGCCCUGGACCGCAGGGAAGAGAGUGUGUGUGAAGAGAGUGGAGGAGUCAGAGGAGCCUCAGCCGCUGUUCAGUGCCAGCGCUCCACCUGCCAGCCUCAGUCUACUGGGCAACUUUGAGGAGUGUGUGUUGAACUACCGCCUGGAGUCGUUGGGGUCAGUGGAGGGUUUCACGGCCGAGGUGGGUGCUUCCGGAACCUUCUGCCCCAGUCACAUGACCUUCCCCGUCGACGUCUCCUUCUACAGCGUCUCUGACGACAACGCACCCUCGCCAUACAUGGGAGUCAUCAACCUGGAGACUCUGGGUAAACGGGGCUACCGCGUCCCUCCAUCAGGAACCAUUCAAGUGACCUUAUUUAACCCCAAUAAGACGGUGGUGAAGAUGUUUGUGGUGGUGUAUGACCUGAGAGCCAUGCCUGCCGGCCACCAGACCUUCCUCCGUCAGAGGACCUUUUCUGUCCCGGUUCGACGGGACAGCUCACACUCACACAAACACGGCAGCCCAGACAACACACACACACACGGCAGCAGCAGGAAAGCCCUCUCCCUCGGCCAGGAACGCAUCCUGCGCUACCUCAUUCACCUGAGGUUCCAGACCUCUAGGUCAGGUAAAGUGUACCUCCACAGGGAUAUCAGACUGCUGUUCAGUAGGAAGUCUAUGGAGGUAGACAGUGGAGCGGCCUACGAACUCAAGUCCUACACAGAGUCCCCAGCUGACCCAGCCUUCUCCCCGCGCUGCUGACACACACACACACACACACACACACACACACACACACCCACCUCUAUCUGCACUGACACACACACACACACACACACACACUCCUCUAACUGCACUGACGCAAACACGCACACCCACAGAGAGAGCUGUCAGAGAGCUGGGCUCAGCGUUCUCGUGUGGAACAGUCCAGACAGGCUCCGUCCCAGAUACCUAAGGCCUGGAGAUUCUGCUGACCAUCUGACCAUGAACAGCUCCUGGUCCUACAGAACCCUGCUGUUUUCUGUGAAGCUCAAACAUGUCUUUAUACAUGUAGAAAAUGUAUUAAAGACAUGCUAAAACAAACAUCAAAUUCACGUUAGCGACCAUGGACCACUGACUGACCAGAACAAGCAAUCAAGAGACUGAGAAAAUUACAAGACGACAUUGAAAAAGCGCACUGUGUAUUUCCAUGACUGGAAAUCAAAAGGAAUAAUAUUCUAAUAUUUUUUUGUACUGUUACAAAAACAAAUCUCUGAAGUGUUGCAAUAGAGAGUAACAUGUAGCUUUAGUGUUUACAUAAUUUUCUUUGUUUACCGUCAGUUAUUUAAUAUUUAAAUUAAUAUUUCAGUUACUGCUUAUGUGACAUCUAUCAUCCUCAGCAUUAUGAUGUAGUGCAAAACUCUGUAAAUCAUAAUGUGUAUUUUUGACAUUAACUCAGAUCUGAAAAUAUAUAUAUAUCUUAAAGCAAUCUUGAAAGCUG